UAGGAAAGGGGGCCAGCCAACUGAAGAAGCUGAGGAACCUCCGGAGCAGACACGUUUAUGACGUGAUUCCGGUGUUCUAGCCAAGGAAAAUGGCUGCGCCCCAGCCACAGGCUGCGGCGGUUUCCUCUGCUGCCGGUGUGUCGGGUCCGGGUUCUGCCGGGGGUCCGGGUCCCCAGCAACAGCCUCAACCGACCCAACUGGUGGGUUCUGCCCAGAGCGGGCUCCUGCAGCAGCAGCAGCAGGACUUCGAUCCUGUGCAGCGCUACAAGAUGCUAAUCCCGCAACUGAAGGAGAGUCUCCAGACUUUAAUGAAGGUUGCAGCCCAGAAUCUGAUUCAGAACACUAACAUUGACAACGGACAGAAGAGCAGUGACGCACCCAUACAGCGCUUUGACAAGUGUCUGGAGGAGUUUUACGCACUCUGUGAUCAGCUGGAACUCUGCUUGCGCCUGGCUCACGAGUGCCUUUCACAGAGCUGUGACAGCGCCAAACACUCUCCAACUCUGGUACCCACAGCCACAAAGCCAGAUGCAGUGCAGCCAGACAGCCUGCCCUACCCGCAGUACCUGGCUGUCAUCAAAGCCCAGAUUACCUGUGCCAAAGACAUUCACACUGCCCUGCUGGACUGUGCCAACAAAGUCACUGGCAAGACUACUGCACCCUCAACUGGCCCUGGGGGCAGCCUCUGAGGUCUGGGUUCGGGGAGGGGCAGAGAAUGAAGUAUGGCCUAAGGCAAAACAGG